UGGGCUUUAGUUUAAUCGAAACUAUAAACAAGUGACGGGUUGAGAGGUCGAAGCGAGAAACCGGUUGAAUGACAGCACGGUUGUACGUUUGGCUGUGAUUAAGUGCCUCCAAUGGCUGGCCGGCUGCUGAAAGUGUCGUCUUUUGCAGCGGCAGUGGUGGCGUCGUCAGGCUUCUACCUCUACAACAACAAACAACUGGACCCCAAUGACAUCAGCCUGGUCCGCUUCGGGCGGGCCGCAGCUACGACUGCCGUGAUCAGCUAUGACUACAUGACAUCUCUGAAACAUGUGGAGUAUGGAUCAGAGGAAUACUGGGCGCUCAAAUCCCAGGUGCACCGUCGGUCAGCUGAGAGACUGCGUAACCUGUGCUGCGCCAACCGAGGCACCUUCAUCAAGGUGGGUCAACACCUGGGAGCCCUUGACUACCUCCUACCUGAGGAGUACACCUCCACCCUCAAAGUCCUGCACAGCAGAGCACCGGAGAGCUCUAUGGAGGAGAUUCAGCAGGUCAUCAGAGAAGACCUGGGGAAGGAGCUCUCUGAUCUGUUCAUCUCCUUCGAUGAGAAACCCCAGGGCGCGGCGUCGCUGGCCCAGGUCCACAAGGCAGUGUUGCAUGAUGGUAGGACGGUGGCUGUGAAGGUCCAACACCCCAAGGUCCAGACACAGAGCUCCAAGGACAUCGUGGUCAUGGAGGUCCUGCUGAACAUGGUCCACUGGCUGUUCCCAGACUUUGCCUUCAUGUGGCUGGUGGAGGAGGCUAAGAAGAACAUGCCUGCAGAGCUGGACUUCCUCAACGAGGGACGCAACGCUGAGAAGGUGGCGGUCAUGCUCGCACACUUCCCCUGGCUCAAGGUACCUAAGAUCCACUGGGACCUGUCUACCAGGCGGAUCCUGACCAUGGACUUUGCCGAGGGAGGCCAGGUCAACGACAGAGACUAUAUGAGGAGACACGGCAUCAACGUCAAUGAGAUUUCUCAGAACUUGGGGAAGAUGUACAGUGAGAUGAUAUUUGUGCAUGGCUUCGUCCACUGUGACCCCCACCCAGGCAACGUGUUGGUGAGGAGGUGUCCCAACACCAAGAAGACUGAGAUUGUCUUACUGGACCACGGCCUGUAUCAGAUCCUGCUGCCAGACUUCCGGCUAAACUAUUGUCGUCUGUGGCAGUCCCUGAUUAAGGGGGACCUGAAUGGGAUCGAGAGGUACAGCCGACGCCUGGGUGCGGGGGACCUCUACCCCCUCUUCGCCUGUGUCCUCACCGCACGCUCCUGGACCUCUGUCAAUGCAGGCGUCGGCAACACCCCCGUCACACACUCUGAGGACGUGGAGAUCAGGUCGAACGCGGCUCUCUACCUCCCCCAGAUCAGUGACCUGCUGAACCGCGUGCCCCGUCAGAUGCUGCUGCUACUGAAGACCAACGAUCUUCUCCGAGGCAUUGAGACCACCCUGCAGACCAGAGCCGCCUCCUCCUCCUUCAUCAACAUGUCCCGAUGCUGCACCCGGGCUGUAGCCAGGCACAAGCGGAGCAAGGCGCAGUCGAGGGCACGCCGUCUCCAGAUCACCAUGUCGGAGUCUCUGACCCUUUGGCAAAUCAGCCUGUACGAACUGUUCCUGUGGGUCAAGGGCUCAACGCUAGGAGGCUGGGUCGGCUCACUGCUCAGCUGUCUACACUACACACACUGAUCGGAGAAGAGAAGCAACGACGCAGACACGCAUGAAGACACACGGUUACAGACAGACACAUACACACUUAUGGGCGUGCGCAUGCACACACACUUAGUGUACACACGUAUACCCUCACACUACGGCGUACACAAAUAGGGCCUUUGGGACGCAGAGUCAUGAAGACACACCAACAAAACUUGACACAAAUGCAUACGCACAAACACACACACAGUUGACACACACACACACACACACACAGUCAGGCAAUCCGCUCCAAACGCACGGAGACAGUAUAACCACUGUGUAAACUGAUGGAUAGACAGAGGUUGGUAUCAAUAGAAGAGACAGACAGAAAAGAAAGUAGAAAAGAAAGUGACUGGGUCAAUUGUCUGGUACUGCUCUGCUAGUCCAUUGGAUGAAGAGGGAAGUUCAGGAGCAGUUUGUGCUCAGCCAUGACUAUCCUUCGGAGUGCUUUAAGUGAUUGUUGUGAAUACAUGUACUGUCAAAUAAUAUCAGUUAUAUUUUCUUUAAACAAAGUGCCCGCUGAAUGUAUACUGAGCAAAAAUAUAAACGCAACAUGCAACAAUUUCAAAGAUUUUACUGAGUUACAGUUCAUAUAAGGAAAUCGGUCAAUUGAAAUGAAUUCAUUAGACCCUCAUCUAUGGAUUUCACAAGACUGGGCAGUGGUGCAGCCAUGGGUGAGCCAGGCCCUGCUAAUCAGAAUGAGUUUUUCCCCACAAAAGGGCAUUUAUUAUUGGCACGUUGAGUUCACAUUAGGUGACAACUCAAAUCAAUUGCAGAUCAAAAUGAGAUGUUGAACUGACAUCUGUGCCCAGUGAAAUAUGGUCCAAGCCACUCACUGUACAUAAAUGGCAACAACAGUUUGUAUUUAUUCAUGUUACCUCACUACUGUAUGUACUGUAAACGUGCAGUGGUGCAGAAUGAAGUGUCAUAUUUCUGUUCAGAAAUGGAUGGGACUGUUUUCCACAUUACAUUCCUCUGCUUUUCUCUCUGUUUAUCUCCUCUUCCCCCUUCAUUCUGCAACAGUUCUGCUCUCCCUCUUUCUCCACCUCACUCUCUCUCCUAGCCCUCUCUCCUAGCCCUCUCUCCUAGCCCUCUCUCCUAGCCCUCUCCCCUACCCCUCUCCCCUACCCCUCUCUCCCUCUUCUAUCUCUCUCUAAUCUCCUCAGAACAUCUUGCUGUUGCUGUCCAGCUUUUUGGAACCACUGGUUUCUGUGGCAUAUUAUUUUAUUAACUGUAAUUGAAUUUGACCUUUAACCUUUGUCAGCAUACAGUUCCAAGACUGUAUGUUUGGCAUUGGUAUUGCUAUCAUUUUAUGAUGUGGAUUUAAAUUGAAAAUAAGCGAUACAAUUUUGUAAUAAGUGAUACAAUUUUGUAUCAGAUGACAUUUUUUUUUGUCAUCUUUGAAUAUGUUUUAGUUUUGUUGAUUUUUCUGUGCAUUUUUUUAUUUAUCCUAUUUGUUGUUGGAGGUGUGGAGGAGGGAGGAGUUAUUGUUCACUCAUAAUGAGUUUGCAUGAGGAAUGGAAAUAAAUGGAAAUAAUCCCAAUUGAACACA